GAGAGGCAAUGAGCUCAGAUACCAAAGCAAGACCAACUAUGUCAUCUAUUGAGCUUUGAGGAAAACAAUGCAACAACACAUGGUGGCAUCUGCUUGUAGCGUGGAAAAAUCUUUCAAUGCUCCCUUUACAUAUUCAUUUCAUUAACAUUAUAGUACUUGCUAAUAAUAAUGUAGAGUGAACACAGAACCCCGAGGUGAAAAGAUGGUGGAGUUGUUUGUGGCCAUUUCAAAUCUUUAAUACUCCACUAAUUAUUGUUGCCUCUUUCUUUUGUCUCUUCUUUUCUUGCUUCCCUGCAAAGCUAGAUUCUGCUACGUGCUACUACUAUAUUCAUAAACCCCACUUGAUUUGCGUUUAUAACAUUAGCAAACACACAACAUCCCAUUUUGAGUGAAUCCUAAAAAAAAACUCCUUUCUCUAAGAGCGAGCCAAUGCAUUUCACCUAAGAAGAUUGUGGUUUGGAAGUUGAUGCCAUUGCAAAUGCCAAUGUCGAGGCAAUUCUUGAACCCCCCAAAUCACCAUUAUCUUCUUGUCUUCCUCACCUUUCUUCUAUUCCAUGAUUUUACUCUUUCCUCUAAUGCUGCAAACAAUGAAGUUCAUGUGCUAUUUUCUUGGCUUCAUUCCACUACUUCACCAAUUCCUCCUGACUUCUCAAACUGGAAUCCUUUAGACCUCAACCCUUGUAAAUGGUCUCAUAUAGUUUGUUCUUCUCAUCUUUUUGUGACAGAAAUUGAUAUUCAAUCCAUUCAGUUGGCUCUUCCUUUCCCUUCCAAUCUUUCCUCUCUACAAUCCCUUCAAAAACUAACCAUUUCUGGUGCUAAUCUCACUGGAACAAUCCCACUUGACAUUGGAGAUUGCACUUCACUUGUAACACUUGAUGUCAGUUCAAAUAGUCUUAUUGGUAGCAUUCCAGAAACUAUCGGUAAGCUUAAAAACCUUCAAGAUUUGAUUUUGAACUCCAAUCAGCUGACAGGGAAAAUCCCAGUAGAGGUUGGCAAUUGCAUUAACCUGAAAAAUCUUGUUAUUUUUGACAAUAUGCUUAGUGGGAAUCUCCCUGCUGAACUGGGAAAACUUGGAGUUUUGGAAGUUAUAAGAGCAGGAGGGAACAAAGAUAUUGAAGGGAAAAUCCCAGUUGAGCUUGGAAAUUGCAACAACUUGAUAGUGUUGGGACUUGCUGACACUAAGAUUUCAGGUUCUCUUCCUUCAUCAUUGGGUAAUUUGAAAAAGCUUCAAGUUUUGUCAAUAUAUACUACAAUGCUUUCUGGCCAAAUACCACCUGAAAUAGGCAACUGCUCAGAGCUGGUUGACUUGUAUUUGUACCAAAAUAGUUUGUCAGGUUCCAUGCCAGCAGAGCUGGGAAAGCUUCAGAAAGUGGAAAAGUUGCUGCUUUGGCAAAAUAAUCUUGAUGGUCCAAUUCCUGAUAAAAUUGGGAACUGUCAAAGUUUGGUCAUUCUUGAUCUUUCUUUGAAUUUUUUAAGUGGAAGCAUACCUUGGACUUUUGGGAAUCUUACUAAUCUUCAAGAGUUGAUGAUUAGUAACAACAACAUUUCUGGUUCAAUCCCAUCUGUUCUUUCUAAUGCCACAAAUUUGGUACAGCUGCAAAUGGACACUAAUCAAAUUUCAGGAUCAAUUCCACCGGAAAUCGGACAGUUGAAGGAGUUAAAUGUCUUUUUUGCUUGGCAGAACAAGCUUGAGGGAAGCAUUCCUCCUGCAUUGGCUGGUUGCAGAAGCCUAGAAGCUUUGGAUUUAUCACACAAUUCUCUCACUGGUAGUUUACCCCCUGACCUUUUUCAGUUAACUAAUUUAACCAAGCUUCUCUUGAUUUCAAAUGAUAUUUCUGGUUAUAUCCCUCCUGAGAUAGGUAAUUGUCGUUCUCUUAUACGUGUACGACUUGUUAGCAAUAAAAUUAGUGGACAAAUUCCAAGAGAAAUAGGAUAUCUAGACAAUCUUAGUUUUCUUGAUCUUUCUGAGAAUCAUCUUAAAGGAUCACUUCCUGAGGAGAUUGGCAAUUGCAAUGCACUGCAAAUGCUGAACCUAUCGAAUAACACUCUAAGUGCCACUUUACCUAGCUCUCUUUCUUCUCUCAGUAGGCUUGAGGUUUUGGAUGUUUCCUUGAAUCAGUUUAGCGGUCAGAUUCCAGCAAGCUAUGGUCAACUUACUUCCCUUAACCGACUUGUUCUUAGUAAGAAUGCUUUCUCUGGAUCGAUUCCCCCAACUCUAGGCAAUUGCUCAAGCCUUCAACUGCUUGAUCUAAGCAGCAAUGAGCUCUCAGGAAACAUGCCAGUGGAAUUGUUUGACAUUCAGGCACUUGACAUUGCCUUGAAUUUAAGCUGGAAUGUCUUGACUGGGGUAAUCCCACCACAGAUAUCCGCCUUGAACAAACUUUCAGUACUAGACUUUUCCCACAACCAGCUCGAAGGAGACUUAUUGGCUCUUUCGGGGCUUGAAAAUCUGGUUUCCCUAAAUGUUUCCUACAACAAUUUCACUGGCUAUCUCCCUGAUAAAAAGUUGUUCAGGCAAUUAUCGGCAGCAGAGUUGGCUGGCAAUAAAGGCUUAUGCUCCUUGGGACAUGAUUCUUGUUUCUUGAGCAGUGCUGGAGGCGGGGGAAUGAUGAGAUAUGGCAAUGUAAGACGGUCAUGGAGGCUGAAAUUGGCGAUUGCACUUCUUACAGUGGUGACUAUAGCCUUGGCAAUCCUUGGAAUGAUGGCAGUUUAUAGAUUGAGAAAAAUGAGCAGAGAAGAUACUGAUUCUGAAUUGGGAGGAGGUGAUUCAUCACCUUGGAAGUUUACCCCAUUCCAGAAACUGAAUUUUUCUGUUGAACAAAUUUUGAGAUGCCUAGUGGAAUCCAAUGUGAUUGGAAAAGGAUGCUCGGGAAUUGUUUAUUGUGCAGAACUUGAAAAUGGUGAAGCAAUUGCAGUCAAGAAGCUAUGGCCUACCACAUUGGCAACUGGAUAUAACUGUCAAAAUUCAAAGUCUGGAGUUAGUGGUGAAGUUCGUGAUUCUUUCUCAACCGAGGUAAAAACACUUGGCUCAAUCCGUCACAAGAACAUCGUGAGGUUCUUAGGCUGCUGCUGGAAUCAAAACACUAGGUUGCUCAUGUAUGACUACAUGCCUAACGGAAGCCUAGGCUUCGUUCUACAUGAACGAAGUGGUGGAUGCUUGGAGUGGGAGUUGAGAUACAAGAUUGUACUUGGUGCAGCUCAAGGGCUUGCUUAUUUACACCAUGAUUGUACACCUCCAAUUAUUCAUAGGGAUAUCAAGGCCAACAACAUUCUCAUUGGCCUUGACUUUGAGCCCUACAUUGCUGAUUUUGGUCUAGCCAAACUUGUCGAUGAUGGAGAUUUUGCACGAUCCUCCAAUACAGUAGCUGGCUCCUAUGGAUACAUAGCACCAGAGUAUGGAUACAUGACAAAGAUAACAGAGAAAACUGAUGUUUAUAGCUUUGGAGUUGUUGUCUUGGAAGUUUUAACAGGAAAGCAGCCAAUUGAUCCAACCAUACCUGAUGGACAACACAUUGUGGAUUGGGUAAGGCAAAAAAGAGGCAAUGCUGAAGUCUUGGAUGUGAGUUUACAUGCUCGGCCCGAAUCAGAAAUUGAGGAGAUGAUGCAGACCAUAGGAGUGGCUAUGCUAUGCGUUAAUCCAUCGCCAGAUGAUAGACCGACAAUGAAGGAUGUCGCGGCAAUGCUCAAAGAGAUAAGACAUGAGAGAGAGGAGUACCAGAAAGUUGAUAUGCUCCUCAAAGAUGGAGAGUCAUUAAGAAAUGACAAUAAGAGUACUAGUGAUGGAGGACCAUCUUCAAAGAUGCAUAGCUUGUAUUUGCAAAGUAAUAAUACAAGCUUUUCUGCAUCUUCAUUGUUACAUUCUUCUUCCUCCAACACCAAGAUUGGUUUCAAAUAGAUACCUGGCUCAAUAGUUUUCGAGUCAAAAGAUGUAGAAGCAAACUUCUAUUUAUUUUAAUAGUUAGAUUUUUUUUUUUUUUUUUGGUUUUUUGGCUCACUCUCUAGUCUUUAGUUAUGUUUCUGCUUGAAUUGGUUUAGUGUGUUUUGUGGUCUUUACUAAAUGACCAGAAAUUUGUAAAAAAAAAAAAAAAAAAAAAAAGGUCUAGAGCCAUAUCUGUUCUGAUACUUAAUAAGGCAUCUUCAAUUUUUCUAGUA